AUGAGUAGUGACAACGACACAUACCCCGCCAGCAACCUGACCUGGCGGAUUCUCAAUCAUGCCAAUCAGAACCAGUACGCCGUUGGUGCAUAUAACUGCUACAACAAUGACGGAAUCAUGGCCGUGAUUCGGGCUGCCGAGCGCCAGCGUUCAGCUGCCAUCAUCCAACUAUUUCCCUGGACUAUGCACUUUCAGGGACCAGAGUUCAUUCGUUACGUUGUAAGAGCUGCACAUGCAGCUGCUGUCCCGAUCGCAGUCCACCUGGACCACUGCAUCAAGCCAGAAGAUGUGGAACUGGCGCUCUCUCUACCUUUUGAUUCCAUCAUGGUGGACGCCUCUACGCUCGAUGAAGAGGCCAACAUCCGCUAUUGCAAAGAGAUUGUAGACCGAGCAAGAGCUCUCAACAUCACCAUCGAAGCGGAGAUGGGCCGCAUUGAAGGCGGCGAGGAUGGCUUGCCCACUGUGGACAUGGACGCGGUGAUGACCCGUCCGGAAGACGCUGAGACCUUCGUGCGUCGGACUGGUGUGCAUUUUCUGGCCCCUUCCUUUGGGAAUAUUCAUGGUGGUUAUCCGGCUGGCGGGGCAGAGAAAGCGUGGGACCUUGGGCGUCUUUCGGCCAUUGGGAAGCUGGUUUCAGGAACUACACCACUAGCCCUUCACGGGACACACCCGGUGUCUGACGAGCUUUUCCAACGCACAAUUACAUGUGGCGUACGCAAGAUUAAUCUUAACCGUACCGUGCGCGAUGACUACACAGACUUUGUGGCUGAGAACGCUGGCUCACUUGAGUUGACCGUCCUCCAAAUGCGCGGAGUCGAAAUUUAUGCUAAAUCGGUUGAGAGAAUGAUGGAUGUUCUGGGAUCAUCAGGACGCUAUUAG